AUGGACGUACUUGACGAGCAGAACGGGGGCAGUGUAGCAUCGUCGUCGUCGCUCUCUCCUCCGCCGAUGCCUGCCAAGAAGCGCAAACGUGGAGAAACCCGUCCCUGUCCAGUCUGUUCAGAACCUAUCCCUCUCCGCCUACUCGGACAACACAGCGAGCUCGAGACGCAGCGCGUCCAGUCUCUCAUAGAUGCUGUCGGCGACAUUGAUGAAUGGGUAGACCCCUCUGGUUCCAUUUCUCGCCGUCGAUCCGCUCUCAAAGCACAGCACAACAUGUCUAAUAAGUCUACUCCUACUGCGUCACCUGAGCUUCUCAAGAACCUCCGUCUCCUCAAACGCCGCCGCAAACAGAGACACAUCCAACUACAAGAUAUUACGCAGGAUUCAGACGACGAGAAUGGCGCCCGCGCUAAGGGCAAAGCGCGAAACGCCGAUCUAGAGGGCACAACAUGUCCUGUAUGUCUACAAAUGGUUCAAGGCGACCCGGACGUCGUGCAUGCUCACGUCGACGCAUGUAUCGCACACGCCAGUAUACAAGCCUCACAUGUGUCGACUCGCUCGCCGUCCCCAGACGUUGACGUGGAAGGCACUAAUCAUGGUGACAGUGCCCGCAGACUUGGCUUCGCGGUGCGCGAUCGCACGCUCGAAGACGUGGAUGACGAAGUGGAUAUAGAUGGAGACGAUGAAGGCGUGUUCGGCACAGUGCAAUUCACUGAAGCUGAUCUACUUGGUGGGAGUACCAUCGCUGCAGAUACACGGAGAGAGGACGGUGCAGACAUUAUGAAUCUCGCGCAGAAAAAUCUUGUCUCGGGUGCUUGGGACUAUGAGCGAGAAAUUGCACGCGCAAGGAGCGUUAUGGAUGAGAAAGCCUUGAUUGCUGCUUUAGAGGCCAAGAUGAAAUUCUUGGAGUUUCCCAGCCCCUCUGGCGUGGCUGGUGCACCAUCCUGUCGAAUUUGCCUUGAUCCAUACACUGAACCCACCGUUAGCACAGGGUGCUGGCAUACAUGCUGUCGUGAAUGUUGGCUGCGCUGCCUCGGAUCAAACAAGUUGUGUCCAAUCUGCAAGCGUAUCACCGCGGCGACAGAUUUGCGGAGGGUGUAUCUAUAGCAUUUUUUCCCUGUAUUGAGUUGGACAUCGGAUCUUCAUUUGCUUU